UCUCCAAUCCAGGUGGGAGGGUCCGUUCAGGACAUCGCACCACCCGCGUUGUCAAUGGCAACCAUUUGAUCCGCAGCAACCGGAUCCGUGAUGGGAGGAGCGGCGGUCCAGGUGCUUCAGCCAACAGCGAUCAGAUCAGACGCAGAUAGCGGGGCCGGAGGAAAGUGUGCGCGUGUGUGGGGUUUCGUGAUUCCCCGCGAGUGAAGGGCAGGGCGAAGUGAUCACAGUGGCUUUAUUGUUCUGAUUCGCUAAUCUGACAUUGAACCGGUGGUUUUUCCCACACGUAACGUUAGGCUGCUCUUCACUCGCAUCUCGUGGGCUUGGAUUUACUGUGUUUUUGAAAAACUGUUUUAAACUCGCGUGAUGUUCAAGAAAAGCAAGGGCAAAGUACUAGUGGAUGAAGCGUCGGAGGAGGACGACGUGUCGUGGCAUCAUGAGCACGCGAUCGAUAAGGAUAAAGACUCUGAGGGAACGGAGGAAGUUCUGAGCCCUUCAACAAAGGAUUCAAAGUUGAAGAAAGUUAAAUCGAAGCGAGAAAGAGGAGAUAAGAAGUUGUUUCCCUCUCAGGACGAUGAACAGAUCUUGCUAACAGGACUGACUGUCUCUCCCAGAAAAGGGUCUGCUAAGAAAGGAUGGGAUGAGGAAAAGAGUAAAGUACCCUCAGAGAACAAAGCUCAGUGUCUGUGGGACAACAUCACCAUGUCAAUGAAGCAGAUCACACCUACGAGGAAGCCGGAUAAAAUGGAAUGCUGGGAACCUCCUCAGAUGAGCAACAGAACUGAGGAAAAGUCUGAGUCGGAGAAAAAGUUUGACUCUUCCCCGCUCUCUUCUAAUCUGUCCCUAUCUCUGCCAUCCUGGGUGGGUUUGGGUUUGGAGGAGGACUCAUCUCGCUACGCCAGUCUGACUGAGUCACAGACAGGAGGUCCUGCCCAGUGGGCGGCUCGUGCACGAGAUAAAUUGGCCGCCGUCCGUCGGCGAAGCCCAGCCGGUGUAUCAGAGAGCACGUGGGAGGGGCUUAAAUGAUUUAUUACGAGGCACCAUCCUUGUUUAUGAGAGAGGCCACACCCCUCAUGUAGCAACUCUGAUUGGACAGCUUAUGGUUUCAGAGUAACUAAAGCUUUUGAUAAGAAGUAGGAUGGUCAGUAUGAAAUCAACAGUGCCUGCUCAGAUGAUUCGUUUUCAUUUUUUGGUUUGAAUGGAAGGAUAUACAGUGGAUAUAUACAGCCACCUCGACCAUUGACCACAUGUGCACCCUACAUAGUGACCAAUGUUUAUGGUCUCAUAGAUUUUUUUUUCAGCCUUUAAACGCUCAAUUUCACCCAUCACAACAGUUAUGAGUGCCAUGAAGUAAAACUCACACACAGAUUUUAUGUCUCCAUGAUCACUCCUGAUGAGUGUCUAUGGUUUAUAUCCAAUGGUUAUUCGAUCAUAUUGGUUCGUGAUUAAUUUAUUACGUUACGUAGUUGAAGCGUGAAUGUGAAAUGAUGUAGAAAUGCCUUCCAUUGUAUCAACUGUGAUCAGAAUACAUGUAUAGUCACUAUCGCCUGCUGAUUUAGCAUAACUGCUAUAACAAUCAUAAUGUACUGUAGACGUUUUACUCUAUGCAUUAGUCUUCUCGCUGUUAUCCCAAAUAUCGAUUGUGCCAACAAAAGCAUUUAGUGAACCUUCUUGGCCAAUAGUAAGAUUACAAAAAAUUUGAGGGCAGCGCUUUUGAAUUGCGAAGGUAUGUGAAGGUUCUCGUUACAUCGAUGGAUAUUGACUUGUACUUUCUUUCAAGCUCUAAUGUGACCUAAACACCUAAUUUGCUUAUAGGUUAAAGGGAUAUUUCAUCCAAAAAUGAAAAUUCACCCUUAUGUUGUUCUAAACCUGCAUGAGUUUCUUUCCUCUGUUGAAGAUAUUUUGAUAAAUGAUGGUAAACGCAGUUGACGGUACCCCUUCCAUAGUAGAAAAAACAUAAUAUAGAAGUCAAUGGGUGUUUAACAGAGGAAAUAAACUCAUACAGGUUUAGAACAACAUGAGGGAGAUUAAAUGAUGACACAAUUUUUAAUUUUAAGCAAACUAUCCCUUUAAUUUGCAAAAACACUAAUCAAGUUAGGUCGAAAUUAACUAGGUUAACUCUGCUGUAUGGUAGAAUUUUAGGAAUGAGAGAAGCACACCUGUUUUUGGUGCCCAGAGGUCAACAUCUUGAAUCGUCUUCUUUAUCACAAAGUGCAUUUUGGUUUUAAUGGUUGCUGUGCCUCAACAAGUCAUGUUGUCUUGGUUAUAGUGUCUUAAAGCAACCAGAAAAAAUGUGAAAAGAAGAGUGAGAACUGGAGAUCUGUUAUCUGUUUUGUCUAAACACUCUCAACAUGUGGAAAUGACAAUCACCCUUUACAUUAGUCUAACAUGAAAUCUAUUUUAUAUCUAUAUCCAUUGGCUGAUGCCAUUAAAUCGCCUAAAAUAUUGCCAUUUUAUUGCAGAUUUACUUUAAGAAAAUGUUUUUGUAUAAUCUGAUUUUAAGAAAGCAGGUUUGCUGCUCCUGUUAUAGUAACAUGUUGAAUUUUUGAGAAGUAUUUACAAAUUGUUAAUUUGAAGUUUUGCCUUUGCGAGUUUUUGAUUUGAUCUUUUACUACUGAAAGAUUUAUAUGACUUUAAGAUAUUAAUGCCGCGAUUAAGCUGUGUAAAAUGAUUUUCCUUUGUGAAUCUGAAUAAAGCUAUAAAUCCUC